AGUUUGUGUUUGUAGGUCAAAGUCAGACUGAGUGAAGGUGCUCAGUGUGUUUUAUGAUGGAGCCAUAAAGCAGCUAUAUAAACCUGGAGGUUAGCGGAGGUGGAUUCACCGGAGAGCGACGGGAAGAUGAAGCUGUCGGUGUUGCUGCUGUCGGCCCUGCUGGCUCUUUCUGCAGCCAGUCUACAGGACAUCGUGAAGAAGAGCUCGCAGCACAGGAAAGUGUCCCUCCUGAACCCGGAGCUGGAGGGCCGGGUUCCUGAGCCAUCCGGUGAGGUGGUGUCUGGACCUCUGACUCCGGCCGACCUGGAGCAGCAGCAGGACCUUCCUUCCUCCUUCCUGUUCGGUGAUAAUGUGAACCUGGAGUGGCUGACCUGGGAUGGAGCUCUGCCCAACGGCGCCGUCUCCAUCUACAACGGCUACACCGAGCGCACUGACUACGUCUGCAAGUACAAGUGUGAGGCUGGUUUCUACAAUCCCAGCCUCGGACCGUACUGCCGAUACCCCUACGGAGACCGCGAGUACUACGCCCCCGAGUUCGAGAUCCUCACUAACAAGGACAACUUUGAGUUCCUGGAGUGGAAGGAAGAUUCUUACGGUUCUGUACCACAACACUCGGUCAGAACCUGCCCGGGAGUUGGCAUCUAUGUAGGGAAGAACAAGUACGGACUCGGUAAGGUGGUGUCCCAGUUUGAGGCCUUCUUCCUGCCCUGGGAAGGCGAUGAGUACUGGUACAAGAGCUACCAGGUCCUGACCAUCAACAGGGACGCCUACAACCAGCACAUCACCGACGUCAAGUACGCCAUCGAUGAGGUCGCCAUCUUCCAGUACCCUCCGGAGACGAUGCGCAUCUCUGGUGUCACCAACAACGAGUGCCAAACCAUUGUGAAGACGGUCACCAUCUCCAAGGAGACGGAGGUGGAGACCACCUGGAACAUCGGCCGGGCCACCAUGCUGGGCAUCACCGGCAGCAUCACGGCCAAGAUCCCGCUCAUCGGCUCCGGCGGCAUCGAGCUGAGCGGUGAGAAGACGCUGCAGUUCUCCAGGGGGACCACGGUGGUGGAGUUGCUCGGCCACUCGGUGUCCGUGGAGCUCAAGGUGCCGCCGAACCACUCCUGCAAGGUCCGCAUGGAGGGACGCAAGAUCAAGGCCGACAUCCCCUACACGGCCCGCCUCAGCCGGACCUACCGCAACGGGGAGACCCAGUGGACCUCCAUCACUGGGACGUACGACGGAGUCCAGAUCGGAGAAGUCCGGGCCGUGGUGGACCGCUGUGAACCGGUGCCCGACGCCCAGCCCUGUCCCUAAAGACUGAUGGACGAUACACAAAAAGAUGAGAUCAUGAAAGUAAAUAAAUGUACAAUAAAUGGAAAACAUCAUCAGUGUGGGUUGGUGUCUGAAAAAAGCUUCACAUGUUGUUAAUACCACUGAAAAUAAAAUAAAAUGACACUUU